CAACAAUAAUGCCGUCGGUCGCGCCCGACGGGAGAGACGCGAGAGCCAAGUGAGGAAUCGCGCGCGCGGAACGCGAUGACGAUGUCGAGGUAGUCGCCGUCGGUUUCUCCCAGCCCCUUCUCUCUCUAUCUGUCUCUUUCUCUUCCUCGCUCGCUCGCGAGGAGGUGAGCGCGCGCGUCCGUCCAUCCCAGUGUAUGCGUGCGUGCGUGCGUGUAUUAUACUCGCGGCGCCGUCGAGGCAAACGUUUUCGGAAAGUCGGGAGGUUCUUCCUGCUCCCCCUUUUGAUCCCCGCGCACGAAUGCGCCGUCUCUGUUGAGCGGGAGACCCGCCACGGACCACUGCCUCCUGGUGCUGGACAGUGGCCUUCCGCGUGAACAUGGAGGACUACAAAUUUCUCUUCAAGGUUGUACUCGUGGGAAACGCCGGCGUGGGCAAGACCUGCUUGGUGCGACGAUUUACUCAGGGUUUAUUUCCACCUGGACAAGGUGCGACAAUCGGAGUUGACUUUAUGAUUAAAACUGUUGAAGUAGAAAAUGAAAAAGUCAAGUUGCAAAUCUGGGAUACUGCGGGUCAGGAAAGAUUUCGGUCUAUUACUCAAAGUUAUUAUAGGUCAGCACAUGCAUUGAUAUUAGUUUAUGAUAUUUCUUGUCAACCCACAUUUGAUUGUCUGCCAGAUUGGUUGAGGGAAAUCGAGGAGUAUGCGAGUAAUAAAGUUCUUAGGAUAUUAGUAGGAAAUAAAAUUGAUCGAGAAGACAGAGAAAUACCAACACAUGUGGGAGAGGAUUUUGCACAGAGGCAUGGUAUGUACUUCUUAGAAACAUCUGCUAAAGAGGCAGAGAACGUAGAGAGAUUAUUUAUGGAAAUAGCUGCCGAACUUAUGGAGCAAGCACGCAGUAAGGAAUUACCUCGGUAUGAAACGAAUACAACUUCGAUAAACGGUAAAACGACGUCGAUCGGUGAUAGUAGUAAUUGCGGCUGUAGCAGACUCUCUUAAGUAAUUUUUGUAUGUUACAUCUUUUUUUAUAGACCCCACGGUGAUUGAAAUCGAGCGUAUCAAUAUUUGAUAAUUUUAGGAAACGUAUAGUACACGUAUAUCUUUGAUACACAGUGUUAUUGUUUAGUGUUAUGAUAUUAUAUGCUACGUUGAUUUAUACUAUGUUGUAAGAUAUAUUUAAUAUUUAAAACGAGAAUUUAAAUGUCAUUAAGCACUUUAGCUUAUAGGAGAUUAAAUUUUUAUAGAUAUAUAGCGCUCUAUUUAUCGCGUUCUAUUUUAAUUGGAGUAAUACCGCUUGAUGUUGAAUUGUGUUUAAACAUUUAUUUCCAUGCGCAAUGGAACUUUUAUUUAAUACAAUUGUGUAGUAUUUUUUGUGUUACUUCGAAAGUACAAAUAGUUAUUAUCACAAUAGAUUUUGGUAACUCGUCCAAAAUCUUAUUAGUAAUAAUAAGAUUUUUACAACACGCGUCACAAGCCUAUGAUGUAUAAAGUUAUUUCUAACGUGCAAUAUUUAUAUGUGUUUAUCAUGCUAUUUCGAAGAAGGCAACUCGCAAUAUGCUCACGUAACAGCAUGUUAAAUUAAAACAUAAAUGACAUUGUAAUCUAUAUACGAUAAUCAACGAGAAUUAAUUUUUUAUUUUAAUGACUCGUGUAUUAUAAUAAUUUAGAAAAGUGAUAAAACAGGAUAUAUAUAAUAUUAUUAUGAAAUAUCUAGUAUUUACACUCGGAUCUUUUAUAUUUACUUAUAUUUAUGAUUUAUGGAUCUUAUUAACAAUGUGUGGUUGAUUAUUAAUUAUUCUAUAUAUCUCGUUAAAAUGUCUAGUCUUUUCACACUUCUUUUAUACUUUAUGUACACCAAUAUACAUAUAAAUAACAUGCAUUUUGUUAUAAAUUUUUUGUUGACUAAAAUUUUCUAAUUUUUUAAAUAAUCUGUAGCUCAUUAAUAUAAAUUAUAUAUUGUUAUAGAUUGUUUCUUUUAUAUAAGUUGUAUGAUUUCCGAGAAAUGUUUAUUUUCUUCAUAACAACAGAAGGUAAAUUUAAUCUUUAAUUUAAAUUUUCAAAAUUGUUAAAUAUCUAAUUUCAUCUGUUGAUACUCAACUGAAUUUGCAAAAGUUCUGCAACUCCAAGAAAAAUACAUAGCAAUUUUUGUUCAUGCUAAACAUGUUUACAUAAAAAUCAAUGUUAUUUUACUAUUAUCGAUACCUGCAAUUAAGACUUUUUAAUUACUGUUAAGUUUAAGUUUAUAUAAACUAUUUAGUUUGAGAUUACUCCAAAGAUUUUGUUAUGUGAAAAUGUUUUGUUAUAAUUACAUAAUGUAAGUUAUUAACAAUGCAUAAUCACAACUGAUAAUAAAACCCAUUGGUUAAAACAUAGUAUCAAUUUUUAGUAUAAAAUUAAUGUUAUGUUAUUGUAUUAAUCUCUUAGAAAAUAUAGAUUAGAAUAUAACAGUGCAUGCGCUAUGCACAUGCUAUUUAUCUCUGGUUUACAAUAGGUCUUUGCCAA